AUGGCUUUCGGUAUGAAGCGUAUGGACAGUCUCUGGUCUGCAAACCAAGAAUCAUCUUGCCAGGGGGUAAAAUCCAAAGACUUAAAACCCCCAGAUGUCAGCAAGGAUUUUUGUUGA